AUGUCGAAAUCGUGUGCUCAUUCCAUGUGUGUGCAGUGCAUCCAAAAGCGAGAUAGCAACAACAACAAUGACAACAAACCAGCAUCGUUCUGUGCGUGUCCUGUUUGCCAAGCACCCAAAGCCUUUCACUUGCAGCAUUGCCAUCCCAAUUUGUUGGCCAUUGCAGCAUUGGACGUCAUGGAGCAGUGUGUACACAUUCUGAAGGAGCAAUCCAAGGAAAUUCAGAAGCUCGAACAAACGCAAAGUUCUUCGGCAAAGCGAGGCUUGAUUCCUGCCAAAAAGCGGGUCUCGUUGUGCCUCGACAAUACUGAGAACAGUCCAACUAACAACAAUGCUGGUAGUUCAAAAGAGGCAGCAGCGGCCAAUGCGGCGGAAACCAGCUCGCCUCUGGAAGCACCGCAACAACAAAAACAAGGCAAGAAGAAGAAGACAGCCAAAACCAACCAAAAGAAGAGCAAGUCUGUCGUGACGGAUUUGACCGAUUUAACCUCCCCGGAAAACAAAGUCGAACAACAGAAGCUAAUCAAGCCGAUAGAACCUGGCAAGGAACGCCUCGUGUGGAUCAAGUUUGACGGCAAUGACCAAUUAGCAUUUCUGCUGGCUGUGAAAGACGACAAGGCCAAUAUUCGCUGGGAUGGAUACAAGUACGAACAAUGGAUCGAUGCGGAUCGUAUUCGAGAAUUAGAUGACCUGUCGGGAUCGGGUACUCGGUCCAGACGCAAACGAGGGCAGCAACAGACGGAGCAUGAAUCCAAGCAGCUCAACCAAAAGCGCCGCACGACAAAGGGCCAGUAA